AUGAGGAGCUCGGUAAAGCGAGAGGCUGAAGCCACCGGAGCUCGCGGCGGGAGAAGAGAAUCCGAUGAGUCGGAGAGUCGUAAGACUGUGAAGAAGGAGAGGCAGAGUAAGAGCGGAGCUGGCUUUGUACGGCCUCAUGAGCCGCCUACUCAGGAAGACGAACAUGGAGCUUCUGAUCGGAGGGCUUUAAGAUCUCAGUACCUCGCUCUCAGUCGCAAGAUUAAUGAUUCUAGAGAUGAUUUGAUGACGGUUGAUUCUGAUAAAUUUAAUCGUAUCUUUAACGAGGUUGAGAAUCUGCAUCAGAAAGUUCAUAAGCCUAGAGAGCAAAUCGCAGAUGCUGAGGCGCUUCGGGACUUAGCGAAUACAGUGGUUUCAUCUGUGAAAUCCCAUUCUGCUAGUGGCGUUUCUCCAGCUGAGUUUGUUAACGCCUUGAUCCGUGGGUUUGGGGAGGCUUCUUUAGGGAUCGAUGCUGAUGAAAAUACGCAAGUGUCCAUGAAGUGGAAGGACAUUGGUUUUGCUGUCUGCUCUGCUGUCAUGGUUUCAUGUGGUUUUCCAACAAUGAUGGGUCCUAUGGAUACUGAAUUGAAACAAAGGAAAAGAUCAUCGGGAUACAGAAAACGCUCAAAGCCUGGUGCAGGUGUUAAGCCAGAGGAGGUUGAUGAUACAGAAGCUGAAAAGAAAACUGAUACGGACAAUAACAUGGCAAUAAUGUUUAACAUCUUGCGGAAAAACAAACGUGUCAAGAUUGAAAAUUUAGUGCUCAACAGGAGAUCAUUUGCACAAACAGUAGAGAAUCUGUUUGCACUAUCAUUCUUGGUGAAAGAUGGACGAGUUGAGAUGAUUGUCGAUGAAAAUGGUUCUCAUUUUGCCAUGCCAAGGAAUGCACCUGGAGCAAACCUGGUGAUGUCAGGGGAGGUCGUUUACAACCAUUUCGUAUUUAGAUAUGAUUACAAAGAUUGGGAGCUUAUGAGAGAAAUGGUGGUAGUGGGAGAAGAGCUGAUGCCACAUAGGGAAACUCAAGUUCCUCCAUCUGCGUGUGACUUGGCAUCAAAACAAGUCUCACAAGAUUCUCAGACAACACCAAUAAGAACGCUGUUGAGGAACAAAGGUUCUGUGAUUCAAGAAGAAAACGUUGUAGAAGAUUCUCCUGAUAUCGAAGGCAACAAUGAAGACAGCAGAGAUGAUGGAAUACGCCAGAAAAGCAAGCUCAGGCGACUCAGUGUUGAAGAUGGUUUGUGA